UCUCACAUCCAACAGUAAAGUCUCUCUCUCUCUCUAAAUUGAACCCUUUCCCCUAAGUCUCAAAAUUUAAAUACAAUCUCUACACUAUCUCAGGCGCAUUUUCGGCUGCCGUAUGUCUGGUAUCUGAAUUCUCUGCCCUCUCCCUCUUUCAUCGAGCAACUGGUAUUCUUUUUUCAGUUCCAAGACAGGGUUUGGACCUCCUUUUUGGUUUAGAUUCUGAAAAAGCAGUAUUCGGAUUAGGUCUCAUCUUACUUCAUUUAAUAUCACGACUUAAUAUAGUUUGAGCUUACAAUACCCCAAGAAGUCGAGAGAUGUUGAAGUUUGAGAAGUCUUUUCGUUAUUGUAUGUCGUCAAAGUUUAUGAAUGAGAUCAGGAGUUGCAGUUAUUGUAGUUAUUGCAAAAUAGCUCAAAGAUGUCAAGAACAAGUUGUUAAUUCUGAUAGCACUGUACAAUCCAGUGCUCUGUUUGGAAAAUCACAAGAUGAUUUUUUGUCACAUAUGUUCUCAAUCAAUCCUUCAUCCAAAAUACCUUCUUCAAAUUGUUCAAGAUAUGGGCUUCUAAAACCAAGUCCUCUACAUAGGACCAGUUGGUAUUGUAAGGCUGCAGGAAAAGAGCCUUGCUUAAGUAGGGAAUGGUUUGCGCAGCUUUGGCUUGAGGAAAGGAGGAAAAAAAAAACCCUUCGUAAGAGGAAUAAAGGAAUGCCUCGAAAUGCCAGAGAUGCAGAAACAUUUUAUAACACCCAUUCUUCUUUUCAGUUGCCAUUUGUGAGGUGGUUUCAAGGUGCAUCUGACAUACAUACUCAAAAUGCAGCUAAGGAAGUUCCCCAUCUCAAGCAGCCGCCUUUGAGCCAAACCAUGUCUGGUUUUAUGAAGCCAACUUCACUGGAAGAGGUCAAGGUGGAACCACUACUUGCUAGAGCUAAUUUGCUAAUUACCAGAGAUAUUGAGUGGGCUAAUCUUGUUCUUGGAUUUGAACAGGAAAACCGGUAUGCUAUAGUGGAUCCUAGCUACCCUCAAGCUCCCGUGGGUUUUAUUCGUGAACAAAGUAACCCCAUCAUUCGGCAGAUACUUCGUACAAGGCGGCCCUUUAUUGCAUACAUAACUGAUGCCAUGGGUAAUGAACUAUUCAGGGUUCGCAGGCCAUUUUGGUUGAUAACUAGUACAAUAUAUGCUGAGAUAGAUGGCAAGGAAAUUGGAGUGGUUCAUCAGAGGUGGCAUCUUUGGAGAAGAGUGUAUGAUAUAUACUUGGGAAAAGAGCAGUUUGCUGUGGUUGAAAAUCCAGGGUUUUGGAACUGGACAUUUACAUUGAAGGAUAUUAAUGGGAACGUGUUGGCUGAAAUUGACCGUGAUUGGAGGGGAAUUGGCUUCGAGCUCUUUACUGAUGCAGGGCAAUAUGUGAUCAGGUUCGGUCAUGCAGAUCCAAGCUCUAAGACUGGAGCAGCUGCACAGGUUCAAGAAUUGGAUAUUACUCGAGCAUUGACUCUCUCUGAGAGAGCUGUGGCAGUAGCCCUAGCCGUAUCAUUAGACAAUGAUUACUUCUCUAGGCAUGGAGGCUGGGGGAUUCCCUUUUUUGCAGUCUCUGAAGAAUAGGAAGUGGCUAAAAUGUACCUUUUUUUUUUUUUUACCUUAAGAUCCCUUGUGCAUAUCUUGUCACAUUGCCAUGGUUCCAUGGAUGCAUCUUUCCAUUAGGCUUUUAGAUGAAUGAACUGGGGUUGUAUGUAAAAAUUUGUAAACUUCUUUUAUUUUUGGUGGAACCUUGAACCUUUCUAGUUCAGUUGCAAAAUCAUGAGUUCUUCAGCAAUGGCUUGGUCUGAGCCUUUUUGCUUCUCGGGUGUCCACCUGUAGCCCCAUUUAUAGAGAAAUCCUGCAAUAUAUAGAUGUUCAGUGCA